GCCCGGGCUCUGCAGGGGCACCGCCAGGCGGCCCCGGCACCGGGGGCUGCUCCUCCGCGGGUACGGGGCUGUCGCCGUUGGGGCCCGGGGUGAGCCAGGCCUGUGCCCCAACGUCCCUGGAGGUGGCUGCGGGGGGCGGCUGCCCCCGUCCCCUUUCUCCGUGGGGCCUCCGGCAGCGCCUAUGAGCCACCGCGAGCUCCUCGGGGCCGCGGCUCACGCAGAGAACACCCGGUGGGCAGUGCCCGGCGGCAGUCCCGCCGUGCCGGUGUACGAGGGCUGGCCAUUCCCCGUGGUGUUUGGAACCUCCAGUCCUGUUCCGUUGCUCGUCACCAGGCGUGGAGCCCCUCAGACCGCCCCCGUUUUCCCUGCUUUCCCCGGUUUUGUUUUGGAGGGUUUCCCGGGUGCCCUGAUCUCCCUGGAGAAGAGACAUCUGCGGCAGCAGCGUCAGCUCCUCCUCCCUUCUCUGGCUCAUCCGCACCGGUGUUUUAGGGAUCCCGGUGCUGGAUGGCUCGGCGCUGCAGUGCUGAUGCCCUCUUUGACCACAAGUUACAGCUGGAGUCUUAUCCAGCUGUUCCCCCCAUAUGGUCUGUGGAGUCAGACGAUCCCAACCUGGCAGCUAUCCUGGAGAGGCUGGUGGAAGUCAGGAAAGGAAACACCUUGCUUUUGCAGCACCUGAAGCGAAUAAUCUCUGACCUGUGCAAACUCUACAACCUCCCCCAACAUCCAGAUGUUGAAAUGCUGGACCAGCCUCUGCCGGCAGAACAGAACACCCAGGAAGAGGUGUCCUCUGAAGAGGAAGAUGAAGAAAUGCCAGAGGACACUGAGGACUUGGACCACUAUGAGAUGAAAGAGGAAGAGCCGGCAGAUGGGAGAAAGACAGAGGAUGAAGGCAUUGGGAAAGAAAACCUGGCCAUUUUAGAGAAAAUAAAAAAGAACCAGAGGCAAGAUUACUUAAAUGGUGCAGUGUCUGGGUCUGUGCAGGCCACUGACCGGCUAAUGAAGGAGCUCAGGGAUAUUUACCGAUCACCAAGUUUCAAGGGCGGAUACUAUGCAGUUGAACUAGUGAAUGACAGCCUGUACGAUUGGAACGUCAAACUCCUGAAGGUUGACGAGGACAGCGCUUUGCACAACGAUCUUCAAAUCCUCAAAGAGAAAGAAGGAACAGAUUUCAUCCUCCUCAACUUCUCUUUUAAAGAUAACUUUCCUUUUGAUCCACCAUUUGUAAGGGUUGUAUCCCCGGUGCUGUCAGGGGGGUAUGUUUUGGGUGGUGGUGCCAUCUGCAUGGAGCUGCUUACAAAACAGGGCUGGAGUAGUGCCUACUCCAUCGAGUCUGUGAUCAUGCAGAUCAGUGCAACGCUGGUGAAAGGGAAGGCACGAGUACAAUUUGGAGCCAACAAGAACCAGUACAGCCUGACAAGAGCGCAGCAGUCCUACAAGUCCCUUGUUCAGAUCCAUGAGAAGAAUGGCUGGUAUACACCACCCAAGGAGGAUGGCUAGUGUGGAUGCUGCAGGACCAAUCUGAAUAUCUUCUGGAUGCUCUACUUGGAUCUUAGUGAUGCCUCUUGGCUUUCUCCCAGGAUGUAAUAGCUCUGCCUGUUGCAGGACAAUACUGGCUGUUCAAAACUCUAAAUAACUGUUUAAGGAGUUGGACUGACCCAGAACACUUGGUGGGCCCAUGCUAGCAGGCAUUCUUGUUAAAACAAACUCUUGAGCCUCUUGUAUUGCUGGAAACUUUUGACUCUACUCCAGUCUAGAGCAUCCUCCUUACCUAUGCUAUGGAUUUAAUUUAUUUUCUUAUUUCAUGUACACUGCUUUUUUUUGUUACGGUGUAUGAUGGAUGUGUAUGGAAAAUGUAUCUUUGGAGAAAAAUUACAGUUUGUUAAUUUGAGAA